AUGUACGCCGGUCGCGCUACUCUUCUGUGCAAGAACCGAGCUCUGCAAAAAUGGAUUGAUGCGAGGAAAUUCGCCGCUCGGAAAAUACGGAAGAAAGCGCACCCGCACCGCGAGGCAGACCGAGAGAGACCCGAGACCGCAGCAGCCGUCAAGGCGGCUGCGAAGAAGAAGGCACGAGAAGGCGACCUAUCGUUCGGCACGUUCGACGUACGCACGCUCGCCUACAGCGGUAGGAACCCCAUCGGUCACAACGUGAUGACGGUCAUGCAGAUUUGUUCCGCGACCGGCUGUGAUGUGAUGGGACUUCAGGAGACCCGACGAAAGGGGCAAGGUUCAAUUGCACACGACGGGACGGUGGAGUGCAUUAGCCCGAGGCUGAUGAAGGUGCGUCUUACAAUAGGCCGCACCUGCGGAGUAACUUUCGUGGUGGGGUACGCCCCCGCGAAAACUGUCCGCACCACCGCGGGCGGUGAUCUUAACGCCAAGGACUCCUUCUGGACUGCUCUCGACGCAGCGCUCCGGGAGUUUCAAAGCCGUGACCAUCUCGUGGUGCUAAUGGGCGCCAACGCACGCACUGGUAGGAGGCGAGACGGGUGCUGCGAUGCCAAGAUUAUGGGCGCGUACGGACGCGACAUUAUGAACAACAACGGGGAACGACUCCUUGGACUAGCAUCAGACAACCACCUAUCCCUGACCAACACCUACUUCCGGACACCGGAAGGUGGAGUGCGGCACACAUUCCAGAGCCCCAACAAGGGGAAGGAGAAGUACCGCCUCGACUUCAUCCUCAUGCGUCAGACGGACCGGCGUUUCGUGCGCAAUGUCUCUGUCAAACGUAUUGACUUCAAGGACUCUGACCACAACCUCGUGCUUACGACUGUCGCCUUCCAAAACAGGGCCUCCAGCCGCCCUCCGCCCACGGCGCUCAGGCAGCCAACGGGAGAUACCGCCGCCGAGCUGACGGCUACGGUGAUGUCGGCCGCUGCUGAGACCGCGCCGCUGGCGAGGUGCGCACGACGGCAGAGAGGCUGGUACACGAGCGAAGCGCAGCACGAGAUCUCCGAAGCGUCUAAAGAGAUGAAGGCGGCCCAGCAGCAACUGCGUGGGGCCUCAAAGAACAGCGCCUUCGAGGCGACCCUGAAGGCGAUGCUCAAGGCGGCGCGGGAGAAGCACGGCAUCGCAAGGUGGAGAGCACUGGACACGUUCUUCGAGGGCUAUGUACGGCAGCUCGAGAAGAAGAGCCGCGAGGGGGAUCAUGCGUCGUGGAAGACGUUUGUUCGAUACCGCGUGAACCUCGACAGGGAGACCGGUGCGUUGGUGGAUGGAUUGGCUGUCCACACGCUAGUCCUCAGCGACAACGUUCCCGUGUUGGAAGGCGCGUUCAAUGUCAACGGUAUCGAGGUGAGCGACAUGUCGGAAAGGGCACAGCCCAAAUCUGUGAGAACCAUACCUCAGUAGCGCAUGCGAAAGCAAGUGACCCAAAAUAAUGGUUUCCAUUCUCACGUGUGAGGUUAACGUGCAAUAAAAUCUGCGCAUGAAACGUUUGGCCCCUAACGCCUUAACAUCGCACGUGCACAUGCGCAGCAGUUGGAACGUUUCUUGUUCCUCCUCCGCCGUAAGACACGGUCCAGGUGUCCAGCGGAGAGAGAAUCCAUCUGCUUUGUAUAGCCCCUCGCAUUGUCUCGCCAUCGCCCUAAAAACAAACGCACUACAGUACUACUAUGUUCGUGCCAUCGUGUCAAUGAAAUUAUUAUUUUAGAAAUGAGUAACACCUGAGACCAAAAGCUUAGGAUGUUUUUCCACUGAAGUUCUGAUCGAUAGAGACUCUUCCGUUGAGCUCCUCCGUCAUCGCUCGCCGAGUAGUCCAGUGGAAUAACCUUUUUCGAUCAAACGAUGUGAACGCGGUAUCGAUUCCCAGCUACAUGGUACAACGUUCGGCAACCUGUUUAGCUCCAACUAGACUUUUCCAGCAGCGCAUGGCACCGUGUAUGGCGGUGAGUCCGGUCUAGGAGAUCAAUGCCAGAGCUUGGAGAGCCAAGGGGCCCAAGGCAGACCUGGUGACCGACCAAGGCUACUAAUACUCAA